AUGCCCCAGUCCGUCGACCACCAGGCUAUCUUUAUUGACUCUGCCCUUGAGUCCCAGGCUCUCAAGUUUGGCCAGUUCACGCUUAAGUCCGGCCGCGUGUCGCCAUACUUCUUUAACCUUGGUCUCUUCAAUACCGGUCUUAAUCUUUCGCGUCUUGCAUCUGCUUACGCAUCCACUAUCAUUGAGUCUGGUAUCGAGUUUGAUGUCCUGUUUGGCCCGGCCUACAAGGGCAUUCCUUUGGCUGCUCUCACCGCUGCCAAGCUUGCUGAGAUGGACCCCGCCAAGUGGGACAAGGUUGAGUAUGCCUUCAACCGCAAGGAGAAGAAGGACCACGGUGAGGGUGGCAACAUUGUGGGUGCACCGCUGGCCGGCAAGAAGGCCUUUAUCAUUGACGAUGUCAUGACUGCCGGAACUGCCAUCAACGAGUCUUUUGCUAUUCUCAAGGAAAAUGGUGCUGAAGUUGCUGGUGUCAUUAUUGCUCUUGACCGUCAGGAGCGCACAGUCGACUCUGAAAACUCUGCUGUUCAGGUUGUUUCUGCUCGCUACAACAUUCCUGUUCUUAGCAUCACCAACCUCACCAAGAUUAUUGAGUACUUGGGCGAUAGACUCACUGCUGAGGAGCUUGAGAAGAUUAACGCCUACAAGGCUCAGUAUGCUCCCAAGAAUUAG